AUGGUUGCCACACGCUCCGCACGCUCCGCACGCUCCACAAACUCUACACGUUCUACACGUUCCACAGCUUUACCAAAUCCAUCGGGUGUACAACAUAUUAUCCAAGCACGACGAGCUCAGCGGGCUGUGCAACGUAUCAAAGAACGACCCGUAGACGCUGAAGAGGAACUAAUACAAAGCCAACAGGCAGUAAAGGAUACUGAAGAAGGGUUGUAUGAUGAGUUCUACAGCUCCAUCGACGAAUACGCCCUGCUUGCUUUACUCGAACAAGAGGAGAAAGAAGAGAAAAAGAGUGAGAGUGAAGAGGAAAGAAAACUUGAAGAAAGAAAGGCAAGAAAAACUGGGAUUGCAGCUGAGAUUGGCUGCAGGGAAUGCUUGAACAUCGGCUGCUCUUCUCAAUAUAAGUGUAUUUGUCCUUCUCUGGAGCAGCCAGCCCCCGCAACUCCUCCGCCACCAGUUUAUCAAUCACAAUCUUCAGAGAAGAUGAAUGAAGCGUAUGUGCACUAUGAAGCUGCACCCAUCAAUUGCCCCAGAUGUUUUGCGGAGCUGUUGUUUGAUGUAGAGCCUCUGAAUAUAAAGCUAUGGAGGGCGGAAAAAAUAAAUGAUCGUCAAUAA